UUACCGGUAGUUAGGAAAGCUAACUACUUUUCCAAGAAGGCUUGCGUCUCUCCCUCUGCUCUCCUUUGCUAAAACUUUUGUCCACAUUCCUCCAACUUCUCUCCCAAGCUAUAAAUAUCUGUCUGAGAUUGUACGUGAGCGAGGGAAACUUUACAGAACAAGGAGAAGAUAGGGGAGCACUCAGCUGCUCCGGCCGUCGUUCCCCACGCUCACACUCUCAGGGCCAUACAGGCAGGAGCUGGACUGACCGGGCGACCGCGAGACUCUCCAGACCCACAGCACCCCAGGGACUCCCUCUGCCAGGGGACUACGACAGCACACGAGACACGGAGCAACAGGGACUCAAACUAGGGACCUGAGGAUUACGGGAAGAAGAGGAUCCUGAGGAUUACGGGAAGAAGAGGAUCCGGAAAGAUUACGGCUUUUUUUUUUCGCGAAAAAAAGCAAGGCUUGUCUAUCCCACGGAGCACUUCCGAGGCCACCAGCUCAACUGAUUCUGAACGGAGUUGUUUUUGCCCCAGCUGACCGGCGCGUGCGUGUGCGUGCGUGCGUGCGUGUUCACGUGUGUGUCCCGUCCGCCAGUCAGUGUGCGAGCAUGCGGGGUGUGUGUGUAUCAAUUCUGUGUGCGUGUGUGUUCCUCCACAGUUCUGUGUCACAGCCACCUACAGAAAGUGACACCUACACGGAAUGCACAGAUGGGUAUCAAUGGGAUCCACUGACUCAGCACUGCAGAGACAUCAAUGAGUGUGAGACCAUCCCCGAGGCCUGUAAGGGGGAGAUGAAGUGUUUCAACCACUACGGCGGCUACCUGUGCCUCCCCCGCUCCGCCUCGGUCAUCCCAGCCCCCGACCCCCCCAGCCAGCCGGGCCCCAGCCAGCCGGGCCCCGGCCUGGAGAACACCCCCCGGGAGCCGUUCAACCCGUGCACCCUGGGGUAUGAGCCGCAGGGGGACAGCUGUGUGGACGUCAACGAGUGUGAGAGAAAUGAGCACGACUGCCAGCCCAGCCAGCAUUGCAUCAACACGCCGGGAACCUUCACCUGCCAGUGUCCGGAUGGGUACCGCAAGGUUGGCACCGAGUGCAUCGACAUCGACGAGUGCCGGUACCGCUACUGCCAGCACCGCUGUGUCAACGUCCCCGGCUCCUUCUCCUGUCAGUGUGAACCAGGCUUCCAAUUGGCCAGCAACAACCGCUCCUGUAUCGAUGUGAAUGAGUGUGACAUGGGGGCCCCCUGUCAACAGAGGUGCUAUAACACCUAUGGGACCUUCCUCUGUCGCUGCGACCAGGGCUAUGAGCUGGGGCCUGACGGCUUUGCCUGCAACGAUAUAGACGAGUGCAGCUACACCAGUUAUCUGUGCCAGUUCCAGUGUGUCAACGAGCCCGGGAAGUUCUCCUGUCAGUGUCCGGGUGGCUACCAGCUGCUGGGCACCAGACUGUGCCAGGAUAUAAACGAAUGUGAGACAGGGGAGCACCAGUGUACUGAAGGACAGAUGUGUGUAAAUAUCCAUGGUGCCUAUCAGUGUGUGUUUACCAACCGCUGCCAGGACCCCUACGUCCAAGUGUCUGACAACCGCUGUGUUUGUCCCGCGACCGAGUCGGCCUGCCGAGACCUGCCCUACUCCAUUGUUCACCGCUAUAUGAGCAUCACGUCCGAGCGCUCCGUCCCCUCCGACAUCUUCCAGAUCCAGGCCACCAGUGUGUACCCCGGUGCUUAUAACACUUUCCGCAUCCGGUCGGGAGACGACAACGGAGACUUUUACAUCAGGCAAAUCAACAACGUCAGUGCAAUGCUGGUUUUAUCGCGGGCUGUGACGGGACCCCAGGAGUACAUACUAGACCUGGAGAUGGUGUCGGUCAACCCGCUGCCCAGCUACCCGACCAGCGCCGCCCUGCGGCUGUCCAUCUACGUGGGUCCCUAUGCCUUCUAGAUGGGAGGAGACUUGGAGGAGGGGGAGGGACAGAAACAGACCAGUCAGAUGCUGUAGUGGGAUGUCACACCUUUCUUAGCGCCUUUCAUCUCAGCUCUGUGUCAUAUCACAAACCUCUGGAUGAAGCUGAGGAGAAAUGUACAAAUAUUUGAAUACUUCAAUAGCUUUUUACUGAUUUAUUUUAUUUUUAUUACCGAUAAACAUCUGUGCUGCAAAGUUAAAUCUUUUUCCCAGGCCACACACUGCACAUGCCUGUUCUGUUAAUGGCCCACUUUCCAUUUUCCUGGACCUUCAAGCUGAAUAGUUAGAUUAAUUAUAGAAAUGUAACCAACCCUUUACAUAAAGCCUUGACAUUGUGUUAACACCAUCUCAUUGAAAACAUAGAGGAGAAAAAACAGAUUUCGUAUCAUCCUCUUCGUCCACACUCUGUAAAUCUCUCGCUCUGAACAGACUCAUUCUCACUCAUUUGUUUUCAUGCUGCGUUUGUGACAUUCUUGUCUUACCGUCCGUGGACACCACCCAAUAACCACUCAGAUUCAACCACCACAUCCACCCUUUUCCUCUGGUGUUUAUGCCCUGACUAUGUCAUGCGUAAGUCUAGUACACAAGCUCUCACUCAGUCACCCUUCACCCUUUGUAGUUUUGUCACGUUACCAAUUUUGUUUUUACCAAGAAGCUGACACAAAAUAAAACGAUAACAUUUUAAUCCUG